AUGGCAUUCUUCCCGCCCGAGGACUUUUCCCUUGACCCACGCUUCAUAGAGCUGCAGGAAGAACUCAGAUCCGUUCUGUUUGCGGGCUUGUCUGCGCUAUCGCCCAGCGCGUCGUGUACACCAGAGGCAGAAGCGACACCUACACAGUCGCCACAAACACUUGACUUUUCUAAUGUCACUGUCAAUAUUCCUCAUGAUAGGUUAAUAUGCUAUCUCCAGAAUUGGGUCACAGAAUGUGCACCCUAUCUGGACAAAUUCGAUGAGGACAAACACUUUCAGAUCCAUGUACCGCUCAUGGCGCAGAAGUCGCCGGCUCUUUUAUAUGCCAUGCUUGCAUUCUCGUCAAGGCAGAUGGAGAGGAGAGGGCUGACGCGUGAAGGUGGCUGUGACAGUCUUGAGCUCUAUCAGGAGAGCAUCAGAUUACUCAGUCCGGGACUACAAGCCAAAGACCCGAAUAUGUUGGUAACAGCCUGUAUUCUGGCAGUCUUCGAGUUGUUGUCGGGUGGGUCCAAGAACUGGAAGCGCCAUGUUGAGGGUUGUGCUUCACUAUUCGAAUUCUUUGGAGUCAACGGCUUCUCUGGCGGUCUACCACAAGCCGUCUUUUGGUGCUAUGCGCGUCAAGAAUUGUGCGGAUCGAUCAUUUCAGAGGGAACAGAGACGACAGUCCUCCCUCUAUCAAAAUGGACACCUUCUGUACCGGAUUCGUUGGUUUCUUCAGAGCAGAUCGAAACAUACGUACGGGACAUGUUCCACGAGAGAAGCCGAGAUUCACCCGACAUGCAAGCCAACUGGGCUAUAUAUCUAUGUACAAAAGUCUGCGACCUAAGGUUCCGAAGGACGCAAAGUCUAGAGCUCGGACGGCCAGAUCUCCAAGACGACAGGCCGUUCUCAGAACAGUGGCAACAGCUUUGGAACGAGUUGCAAUACUGGCUUGACCAACGCCCUACAACAAUGAAACCGAUAAGCAUGGUGGAAGCAGGUGAUAAGCAGAUUUUCCCAGCUAUGCUUUUCCCUCACUGGGCUGCUAUUUCGAGCAACCAGAUAUAUCACACUGCGUGUAUCUUGAUGCUGGAAAUGCGCAAUCUGGGACAUGAGCUAGAUUACCAAUGUUUGGCUCUGUGGCAUGCUCGUCAAGUUUGUGGCAUCUCGUGUGCUAACCUCCAUCCUGGCAGUUUGGUCAAUUCCAUACAGCCGCUUUACGUCGCUGGGAAGCUGUUCUCACAUGUCAAUGAGAGGAAACAAAUAGCUAGACUUCUUAAAUCGAUUGAUCGGACGACUGGUUGGGGUGCGCUUUGGAGAUUGACGGAUCUCGAGGCUGAAUGGGGUUACGAUGCUGGGGCGAUUCUAAAGACUUUA